UUCGGUCCGGCGAGCUGGAAGGGGCGGUAACAGAAGGACCCGCCUCCUUGCCAUCCCAGGAAGAGGAAGGCGAGAAGCCGCGUUAGGCCUUUCUUCUUCCUUCGCGGCGUCAAACCCCGUGAAGGAGUUUUUUGCUCGCGGGGCAGCCAGAGCCGGUAGCGGCGUGUUCUUAGCUCCGAAUCAGGGGCAGUUCGGAGGCAGCAGCCCUUGACGCGCCUUGCGUGUCCGGCAGGAUGGACCUGAACGGGCUUCUUUUGGACGAGGAGGGUGCUUUUUCCUUGAGCGGGUUCCAGGAGUUCACGUUUCUUCCCAGGCAUCAGCAGCUAAGUGAUCGGGUACGCAAGCGGCUUUACUACAGUUGGGAUAAGGAAAGUGCCCUUGAUAAUCUCUCAAGUCCAGUUGCAGAUAUUGCUGUUGAAUUGCUCCAGAAAGCUGCUCCCAGUCCUAUUCGCAGGCUCCAGAAAAAAUACGUGUCUCAUGUCUCCCGAGAGGCUUGCAUCUCUCCCUGUUCUAUGAUGUUGGCCCUGGUUUAUAUUGAGAGGCUUCGACACCGUAAUCCUGAAUACCUGCAGCAGAUCUCAUCCUCUGAUCUCUUCCUGAUUUCCAUGAUGGUUGCCAGCAAGUAUUUGUAUGAUGAAGGGGAAGAGGAAGAGGUCUUCAAUGAUGAGUGGAGUGCUGCAGGCAAGGUGGAAGUACAGACUAUGAACACACUGGAGAUGAAUUUCCUCCGUGCCAUUGACUGGAGCCUCUAUACAGAUCCUAAGGAGCUUUUUGAAGUGCUCAGUUGGCUAGAGGGGCGUGUGGCUGAGAAGCAGGGCAUCCAGCGUGGCUGGUUCACCUACACCGACCUGUGUGUCUUAAUGGAGCAAACGCUAUGGCAGCAGGCAUUGGGUCAGUUCUAUCAGCAAGUGGCCAAGCUGGCUUGCAUUCUUGGCAUGGUGUACCUGACAGGCGUUGCAGCUGUCCUUGCCUCUGCUGCUGUGGUGCACCACAGCGUACACGUGAAGAGGGCUGAUGCUUCUGAACUGGCAAGGAGUAGACCUUCCCAAGCACCUUACCUGCCUAUCCCAUCUUCAGUUCAGCAUCUGGAUUGCAGCUUGGUACCACCUAAUGGCUAUUCCUGCCCAGAAGCAGAGAACAUGACCUUGCACGGUGAACAGCAGCAUGAAGGGAACAAUGGCGUCACGGCUACAGCAUUUUACAUGUGGAGCAGUGUCCUCACUGCCCUGUCUUCUUCACCCCUGGCUCUUAUCCGUCACUCAUUUUGUCCACACUGCAGUCAUCCUGGCCUCAGUUGUGGGGCAGCCAAUUCCACAGCACAUAACAGCCCUUCUACCCAUCCAUCUCCUUCUGGACUUGGUGCCUGCUGCACCAGCUGCGUGUGCUGGGGCUGGUGCCUUCCUGUGUCCCACGGUUGCAAAGACUGGCCUGAACCACUGGCACUGCAGCAAUGCCCCUCACAGGCUGCCUUGGAGCUUGGAAGGAUCAAGGCCUUCAUGUUCCCUAGUUAGGGUUGGAGGCAGCAGGUGCAGUUUCGGUUUGGGGGGAGUGGGAUCUGGGGCACUGUGAUAAGGAAUGCUAUGGGUAUUUGAAAAGCAUAAAAACACAAGGCAAGAAAGGCUGUGAAAUGGCAGAGGUCUGUCAGUCUGUUAUCACUUUGAAUGCCAGUUGAUACCAGCUUUUGUUUUUAGACCAUAAUAAUUUCUGCACCCUGCUCCCCUCCAACAACUUAGUAGCUGUGUUCAAGAGCCAUUAAGAGUUUACUGAAAGGAUGCAUCCCAUCUUGGGAGCUUACAGUAGAGGGGCAGGAUGAAGAUUGAGACAGUGAGGUCAUAAUCUAACUUCAGUUGAGCCUAGAAUUUUCCCUGGCAGCUUGACUUCCCUCAGAUAAAACGUAGGAUGGGUUUAUACAUUUGAGAUGGCUAGCAUCAAGUCUCUGAACUUCUGUGGUAAUUUGUAGGAAGAAAUAAUCUAUGAUGACAAAUGCCAGCAAUUCUACUCUCUCAAGUUAUCAAUCAGUAGCUGUAUUUACUGCACAAUUAACAGCUAGUGUCAGGCAUCAUGGAUUGCCUCCUAGUUUGUGUGAUAACCUUCUUGAGACAGUACAGUAGGAUGAAAUGAUUUGUGGUGACUCCCUUCCACAAUGACAAAUGCCAGCAAUUCUACAUCCUCAAGCUAUCAAGCGAUAGCUGUAUUUAUACUCCACAGUUAGCAUAAUGUGGAAACUCUCUGUUAACUGUCUUAACUGGUCUAGUGCUUCUUACUUGAGCAACUAUUCCUAAGAGCUAGGUUGUGAUUUUCUUCAGCCAUAGCGCUGGGAAGGACAGGGGAAGACUCACAGUGAAAUCCAAUGCAGAGUUACUCCAGUCUAAGCCCAUUGACUUCAAUGGUCUUAGACUGGAGUACCUCUGCUUAGGAUUUCUCUGUCAGUUAUAUAAGGUUAGUUUGGUGCUUUGGUACCCCUCCCUGCUUUAUGAGUGUUUGACUACCUGCUCUAAUUUUUUGGGUAAAAGGGGAUGGAGGGAUGGCAUACAAUUUCUACUCCAUCUGCUUGCCAGCACUUUUUUGCUGUAGUUUUUUUCACUAUUUCUUGUAGAUGGGAUCUCUUCUAAUAAAGAUAGUUAUUGAUGAUGCGUUCCUUUCUUGUUUUUUUUUAAAACACUAUGCCCCACUACCAAAGAGUUCUCCUUGGCUUCUUGUUCUGUGCUUUGGUGAGUGUGGGGAGAGAUCUGCAAUAUUGCAUAAACUGAUUCAGCUUUUAAUAUUCACAACAUCUGUGUUUUACAGAAUUGGAACACUUGCGCAAGGAGUGACAUGGUAAUGUGGAUGUCAGGAUUCCAGUAGUGGUAUGGCUUGAAAACUAUGGGGAAAGAUUACAGCAGUUGUGUCUUCCGUACACUGUAACCUUUGUCCAAAGCAGUUUUUGGCAUCUGACACCAAGUAUGUAUUUGAAACUUGUGCAGAUCUUCAUUUUUUAAAAAAGUGAACUGAUACGCUCAAGGAAAUGAAUUAUGCACUUGUUUUGUACAGUGUAUGCAACAGUUGUAACUUAGCAACCCACCUCUGCAAAAUCAAAAGUGAGGAAUCAUUACUUCCUGCUACAAUGAAGUUACCUGUGGUACAUCUUCAUAUAUGGAAAUUCCAUAACCAGCACCAAAAUGCAGCUGUUCAGGAUAAG